GCGCAGCAUCGCCUCCUCGCUGCUUUCAGAGACGCAGAGCGGCAGAGUAGCGGAGCGGCCAUGGGAAAGCUUCAAGAAUUUGAUAUCACCUUUACAAACAACAAGGUGGUUUACGGUCCGGGAGAGUCCAUCAGCGGAACUGUGAAAAUACGAACCGGCAACUCGCUGCAAUUCAAAUCCAUCAAGGUGAACUGUCAGGGGUCAUGUGGGAUCUCCAACAAAAUGAACGACAACUCGUGGGCUCUGGAGGAGCAGUACUUCAACAGCACGUUGUCUGUUGCUGACAAAGGAACUCUGCCGGCAGGCGAACACAGUUUCCCUUUCCAGUUUCUCAUUCCAGUUGCUGUCCCGACUUCUUUUGAGGGACCCUUUGGGAAGAUUGUUUACCGUGUCAAGGCGGUUAUUGACACCCCCCGCUUCUCUAAGGACUACAAAGCCCAGAGGCCCUUCUACCUACUCAACCUGCUCAACCUCAAUGAGGUCCCUAACAUUGAAGAUCCGAGUUUUGCUGUGACCACUAAGAAGUUCAGCUACCUCCUGGUGAAGACGGGAACCCUGAUGUUGAAAGCUCACAGUGACCUGAGGGGUUACAUCCCCGGUCAGGUCAUCAAGUUAGCUGCCGAGAUCCACAACAAGUCUGGGAAAGACACGGGAUAUGUAUUAGCCAGUCUUUUACAGAAAGUCACCUAUAAGACCAAGCGGCCUGUGUUUGACCUGCGGACCAUUGCAGAGGUGGAGGGAGCCGGAGUGAAGGCCGGAAAGCACGCAGAGUGGAGAGAACAGAUCAUCGUCCCUCCUCUUCCUCAGUCAGCGCUGGGCGGCUGCAGCCUCAUAGACAUCGACUAUUUCAUUCAGGUGUCUCUAAAAUCUCCAGAAGUAGUCGUCACCUUGCCCAUCUACAUUGGGAACAUCGCUGUGAACUUGUCUCCGUCGAGGUCCAUACCUGCCAGUCUAGACCAGUGCGCUGCGACCAUCGCACCAAGCGCAGCAGGCGUGACACCAAGCGCCCCGCCGGUGGAGGAGGACCCAGAGGACGGGCUGUGUGCAGGGGGUUUAGCCAGUGAGGAGAUUCCUACCAAGAGUCACUCUCAGCAGGAUCCCUCAGGUCAGUCGGUCACCAUGUCCCCCAGUGCCUUCAGCCACGCACCCGGUGCUGCCCUUCCUCCCAGCCACAGACGGCCCGACGCAUCAGCUCCUCUGUUCUGUGUGUCCACUGGGGCCACCAUACCUUUCUUCACCGAAGGAAAUGUGACUCCUAUCCCCACUUCCUGUUCUCUCAUCCUCCCUCCAGAGUACAGCAGCUGGGACUACCCGCAUGAACCUCCACCCACUUACGAGGAAAGCUGCAGUAGCGUCAACUCCAGUUUCAACAGUAGACAGUAGGGAGGAAGCAGAUAAUGAAGCAUCAUGGCCACGGCCACCCACACAUGUCUGCACUCGGCUCCCGACAAAUCAGGAAAUAGACACGCUGGGUUCAAGAGGGUGGACCAUUACUCCACCCCCAAACAUCCCAAAGAUUGUUUCUUUGUCCUCUAAUAAGUGAAAAAAGGGAUCACAUAUUGACUAUAAGUUUUAAUUUCACCUUAGUCCCACCAGGUAGUGUCAGACAGAACGGGUGAACAUCACUGUGCCUAAAAGAAGUGUUGUACAGCAUUUAGGAUAUUCAGUGAUUGGAUAUGUUCCUUUAAUGAGGCAGGGUAAAAUCUGUAUAGUUUGGUUUUUUGCAAUGAAUUUUUGCAUCUGUGAUGCCUUGUAAAUGAUUUCGGCCUACUGAAGGCUCAUGUUUGGUGAGAUCAAAUGUCUGCCUUUUUGCAGUCUUGUUUCAAUUGUGCUCUUGUUAUUGUGGUCCACUGCUGUCUGUUUGUGUCUUAGUUAACCUAGUCCUCAUCAUCAGCGGGGCAGAGCUGUCUUCACGCUGGAAACUGAGAAAGAGAACCCAUUGUCAGAGGUUGUGGUUGGUCUGGAAAGCUAGUGACACCUACCCCUGUGUGUGGGAUUGUUCUAUGAUCAGAACCUCUUUAAAGUUUUUAUUUUAAGUCUUUGUUUGAAGAAACAUUAGACAGUCCCAUGAGUCUGUGUGUACAGUAGCAGCACGCAUUGCUGUGUGUCUUUUUUUAUUAUACCACUGGAAGUUGCUGGUCAGCAAUUUGUUGAAUCCUACACAUAGGGGCUUUAAAAAGGUCUAAAGUAUGUCUUUAAAGUUUAAAGACAUGGUGGCUCAGCAACACAGCUCAGUUGUGUAAACUGAAAUACAGAUAGCAGCUAAAUAAAAUUAGCUUCAAAAUUGUUAUACAAACUAAUCCAGUCACACAAAAGUGAUAUACUUUUAAACAUUGUUUUUAUCGACAUGAAUCAAACAAUUGCAAUAUUUACAUUUUUAUGUUUAAAAAUAUUUAGUUUCUAGACAAGAUCACUUAUGUUGAAAUUCAACACAUAGAAGAGCAUACUAUGCACUGACAUGCUCUUAUAUUUGGAAAUAUCUUGAUCUAAUAUUUCUAUACUUCCACUCUGUGUUGGCUCAAAUAACUGAGAGGUUUUGCUUUGACACCAGUUUUGUAUUCAGAGGACAGCCUGUCUGCAGAUUAGGCUGUUUUUCCUGCUGCUGGAUAGGAAGCUUGCAGCACUGACGCAGUCUUUCUCUGCCCUCUUGUGGUCAUUGUUGGUGCAAGCUUUACCUUGUCCAGAAAGCUCCCUGGAGCUUAACAUUAUCAGGCAUGCAAACGGAAUCACUUCACCGAGUCCCUGCUUCUGCAAUGCACCAACUGAUGUCUGCUGUACCAUUUUACAUCUUAUUUUCUUGCAGCUGUUUAGCAGAACUGUUGAGCAGAACUGACAGAUUGGGGUUUGAAAUACGUUGUUGUUGUUGUUUUAAGAUGUGAUGCCAGUGCUUUUCAUCAUCUUUUCAGUCUCAAGUCAAGUCUACUUUGUCAUUCUUCCGCAUACAAGGAGACAGAUGAGCAUAAAUGUCGUUUCGGACAGACCAAGGUGCAUAAACAACGUCAGAAUAGACAACAACAAAUUCAGACAUACUACAACAGACAGAGCAGCACAGCCCUCAGACCAUUCACCCGAUACACGCAAUAUAAAACACAGUAAACAGUAACAAUACACAGUGAGCAGUGAAUGAAUGAGCAGUCUGAAUGAGAUUGUAUGUUAUCCAAGGAGGGUUAAAUGAAGUGCAGCUGGAACACUCCUUGGAUAACUUCGUCCUGGUUGACUGAGAAUCUUAAAUGACGAGAUUGUAUGUUGUUUUUUUCUCCCCUUUGUAGCCUUAAUUUUCUUUCAGUGUUACAUUAGUGAGAUGAGGAUCCUCUGAAAUCAGUCGGUUCAGAUGAUACAGCACUUUUUUCACUUUGAGUACAUGCAUUUCUGAGUGCACAUCUACUGUUCGUGUAGAUGCGUGUGUGUGACUAAUUUAAGAGUUCACCCUGUGGUCUGUUUUCACUCAGAUGCUACAAUUUCAAAUUCCUUGCUUUGAACAUCAGUUUGAUUUCUUUAUGUGAUUUUCCAUACAUUUGUUAAACUGUGUCAUAUCUUGAUGACGCCAAAUAUCCUUAUUUAUAUAAUUAUAAUGAUCUCACCCAUAUCACGCAGCACUACUGUGUUGUAAAAACAACGGCACAUGGUCAAUGUCACUUUUGUGUGGGAAACUGAAAUCUUAAGCACAACUGCUGGACUGAAUGUUUGUGAGAUUAUUGAUGUUUGUCUUAUUUUACCACAGUUUAGUAUAAUCUUAAAGUCUCUUCAGUGAAUUUAAAAAAAACAAAAAAACAAUCGCGCUGCUGGUGUUGGUUCCUAGAUCACCACGUUUUCCAGAAUUUGUAUUUCAUUUUUUGAGGCACACCAGCUCUGACAUCUCCACAGGCAAACUUCUGUUACUGUUGGAAAUCUGCCAGUCACCGAACAUGUUGGUGUUCUGGCUUUACAUUAUUGUGAAUGCAUGCCUUAAACAAUCUGGAUUCCCGACACUCCUUACAGGAGCUUGUGUGAUCUUCUCUGUCAGGAAGGAUGUCGGGAUGUGCUGGUGCAACUCUUCCUGCUUUGUCUCCUGUGGACUGUGCUAAGUGCACUUGAUGUAUACAAAUGUAGCUUUUAAAAACAGUGAGGACACUGGACCUUAGACCUGUUGAAUUUGUUUUUAUUCUUGUUUUAGAAAAGUAUGUGCAAUUCCUCUCAUUUCUAAGAGUGCUGCAACAGCUCCCUGAAGUCAUUUCACGCUGCCUUUAUCGAUCCUAAUUCUGUUAAAUUCUUCUCUACCAAAAGGUACUAUAGCUUUAUGAAGCCCCACUUAUUCUGUGUUCUUUUUUUCAUUCUUCCCCCCUCACAUAUUGAUGAGUGGUGUCUGGUUUUGUAUUUUUCUACUUGUAAACUGUUUACAGGUGCCGUAUGCAGAUACUAACAGUAGCACCUCAAUCAGUAAAUGUAAUAUUUCAACUUACAGUGCAGAAUCUAAGUUGUACUGUACAGUAUAACAAUAAAAUGAUAUGACAUGUUGUUUAUUA